AAUUCUUUAGACAUUAAUUUUCAAACUUUGUUAGAAACCUCCAAGUGAAAUUUCUCAACAAAAAUCUCACAUGGAGCAAUCAAUUUGUUUGGCUCAUCCUUCGAAAUCAAUUAUUAAGAGACAACGUUUUUUGUCUGAGCUCUGAAGCAUUCAUGGUGGGCGUCUGAUUGGGUGGAGCGGAGUGAUAAACUCCCAACUGAAUCUGCACUAAGCUCUUAACCACCUUCCCAUGGCGCACCCUCGUCUUCCCCUCUGUCUCCAUGCUCAUUAAAGCUAAGAAAUCUGCGGAACAGCUGCCAAAAUUGCUGAGUCCCAGAGCUCCCUUGUUACCCUUCUCUCUCUUUCUUCCCCUCUCAGAGAGAGAUGGAGAUGGGUGAGCGCAGAGAGGGUUUGGCGGUGUGCAGUGACAAGAGCAUGAUCGCAGGAAUCACAAUCUGGGACAUUGAAACAGGGGAUCGCGUUCUCCACAUUCCCACCUGUGCUUCCCCUCCCCACGGCUUCUUGUGCUUGAGAAAUCGCUUCUUUAUGGCUUCUCAGAUCAACAGGCAUGGAUCCCUCGGUGGUGGGUCGAUCGUGGCCUGGCCCUUGAACAAGCCCCAGGCAAUGCUUCGGAGCUAUCCAGUGGAGGCCAUUGGGCCAAUUUGCUGCACAAGAGAUGGUGUAUUUCUUGCUGGUGGAGCUCCUUCUGGAAAUGUUUAUAUCUGGGAGGUCACCAGUGGAAGAUUGCUCAAGAAUUGGCAUGCCCACAAUAGAUCUUUGAACUGCAUGGUGUUUUCUGAUGAUGAUUCUCUUCUCAUUUCCGGUUCAGAUGAUGGUAUAAUCUGCGUUUGGUCUAUGUUUAGUUUGCUGGAUGCUGCAGAUUGCGGAAGCUUGCCUCCUUUACUCCAUUCUUCCUCAGAGCAUUUGUCUUCUAUAACUGGUGUUCUUUCUACAGCAGGCAGUUCAAGCUCAGUUUUUAUAUCAAGCUCCCUUGAUGGCACAUGUAAGAUUUGGGACCUGGUCACGGGAAGGCCUUUGCAAACUCAAGUCUAUCCACAAGCAAUAACUGCCAUUGUUAUUGAUCCAGGAGAGCAGCUCUUGUUCUCUGGAAGUUCAGAUGGAAGGAUUUUUGUUAACAAGCUUGACAUUGGACUAGCAGGGGAUCCUUUCACUGUUGCAGAGGACCAGUCGACUGUUUUAAAUGGACACAAUGGGCCUGUAACUGUGUUGGCCUUCAGUGCAUCGGGUCUUAUCUCUGCCUCUGAGGACUGUACUGCCUGCCUCUGGGAUGUCGUGAAUUGGGUGAUCAUUCGAAGAUUUAAUCAUCAAAAAGGACCCAUAACUAAUCUGGUAGUGAUACCACAGUUGUCACUGCUUUCCAUGACAAACAACCCAAAAGUCUCUAAUCAAUUCCGGGUUUCUCCGCUUGAGAAGCUUCCUUCUCCAAGCAACUCAACCAAGGGAACUGUAUGUUGUUCGCUCAAAGAUCACCGAACCAUCGUUGAUUGCAGAAGCGCAGAAACACUGAACCGGCAAAUUCUGGACUUGGAGAAGGGUCAAACACCUGCAGUGAUGCAAAUGGAAGUGGAAACAAGUGUUGAGAAUCGGAUGUGGGCUACGAGGAUGACGAAGCAUGUCAUGGAGAUGAACCGGCAUCUGCAAUCACGAUUGCUCGAUUUGAUGCAGUCCCGGUUACUAUUGCCUCCUAACAUUGACUCCCUUACAGCCAGAAAAAGAAAGAAGCUUAAGAUUGAGAGUUCACCGAUGGGGGAAGAGCACACACAACCCCCAUGCUGAAGUUUUAACUUUUUCGUUUUCUCUGAUGAUAAAUAAGAUCAAACCACCACAUCCUAAGACUCUAUGUAUUUUUAAGAUCUCCCCCCCUCCCUCCACCCUUCAUCCACCAUUUGUAUAAUUGAAACAGUUCAUAAAACAUAAUUAAAUUUUGUUCUUCUUGUUAUAUCUA